AUGGAUCAUUGUGGACACUUAAUGAGACAGAAAGUAGAAAAGAGAAUUUGUGUUGCCAUUUUACAGCCUGCUGAUGGUGAGGUGCAUGCAGAAUUUAACAAUACUAGCAGGUGCUAUGAAAUUAAAGCAACACUGCCUUAUAAAAGAUAUGAUCAGGUGUUCAUUUGCUAUGGUCCUCAUGAUAAUCACCGACUACUUCUAGAGUAUGGCUUUGUUUCCAGCAAUAACCCACACAGUGUUGUGUACAUUGAAAAAGAUGUGAUUUUUGCUUGCCUUUCCAAAAAGGAUAAACAAAUAGCCCAGAAGAUGUCUAUUCUGAAGGAACAUGGCUUUUUGGAAAAUUUGACGUUUGAUUUCGAUGGACCAUCUUGGAGGUUGUUCACUGCAUUAAAAUUGCUUUGUCUUGAACCUGAGGAAUUCAAUCUUUGGAAGAAUGUUUUGCAUGGAGCAUCUGUUUCAGAAGGAAAUGAAAAGAAACGUUUAGAACUAGCAAAACGUAUCUGUUUACAUUUAAUACAUGAAAACCAGGAAGCAAUGCAAAAGGUUUCUGUUUUAAAGAAAGCAAGAAGCGAGCUUCAGGAACACCUCCAUAUGGUUGAAGCUCUGAGACUAGAAGAGCUAAGAAUUCUUCAGGCUUCAGCAGAAGUACUGGCUAACUUGACAUCAGUUGUGAGCAGCAUGACCUAAGAAAUGUGACCUUUGACUGAGUUCAUUGUUACUGUUAACUAUGUAAGAAGGGAGAUGCACUUGUUAGUAGUGUCAGCCUCAGUAAACUAUGCCCAUGAAGUCCAAGGAAAUGAAUAAGUGUUCACAGUAAGUAUCCUUAGAGUUUGCAAGCCAGAAUGCAGCAGCCUUAUUGCUGACCCUUUAACUGUACCCUCAGGUUGUUCAUACAGGUCAGUGCCUUUUCACAGACAGAUGGUAACUGAGGCAUUGUGUGAAGUAUGGCUGGCAACAGUAAAAAGAUUGAGCGAUGUUAGAAGAAGCUACUUCCAUACAGAGAGAGAGGCUUUCUUGGUUAACUGGAACUAGGUAAAGCACAAAAAGUUGAAUACACUCUUGGAGGAUUAGACCAACGUACUACAGUGCACAGAGCCACAGAUGGAGAGGACAGUUGGAGGAGUGUCAUUCAGCAGCAAAAAAGACAUCAUGGUCUCUCACAGAGGGACUUGCAUUUGAUUUUGCUGUCAUAUUAUAACAAGAUAUUUCAGAUUCAGCUGGGAACAGGCUCCACAGAAUAUAUAGCAUCCUGGUAGUUUUUAGAGUUGUUAUAAUGUUUUAUAUUGCCAGUUUGUACUGGUAAACAAAAGUGUUUUAUAAGGUAAAGCAAUAAAACUGUUUACUUUUU